AUGCCCCACGAGUGCAUUGCAAUCAACUCAGCCACAGGGCUCCUUGAUGAGGUGCUUAUUGUGCAGCUGAACAAAUUAAUGGAUGAUGCGUGGUACUUUUGAUAGUUCUUGUGAUCUCGACAAAUCAACUUUUGUUAUGCAGUGAUCAUGAGAUAAAUAUUUUCCUUAUUUAUUCAUAUGUCCUCUCUGGACUUCCUUGUGUUUGUUCUUGAAACCAUGUCUUGUUUUGACUGAUGUCAUGUCUAUGCUAAUAUGGCAAAAAAUUGCUAGCUAGCUAACCAACAAAUGUAGUGAUUAAUUUGAGAGACAAGUGAUCAUUGUGCAAUUUUAUUUAUGUUUUCAAGACAUAUUAGAGAUGAAAUAUAGUUGACAUGUUAUCAACAAUCUAACAUGCUGACCACACCGCCCACAUUGCGUGCGCGAGCAUUGCAAAAUAAAUAUAAUAAUAAUAAAUAAUAAAAUGCCAUUUAGCAGACGCUUUUAUCCAAAGCGACUUACAGUCAUGCGUGCAUACAUUUUUGUGUAUGGGUGGUCCCGGGGAUCGAACCCACUACCUUGGCGUUACAAGCGCCGUGCUCUACCAGCUGAGCUACAGAGGACCACAUAUACACAUACAUGUUAUUCAAUCAUUUCAUCCAAACUGCUCGCGUGCGUCAACGAGCGUCUGCGUAGCCAGGUGCUAAAAUAGAACUUGAUCUUAUUUUAGGUGCUUGACGCACUGCAAGUCCUGCCUCUCCCAUCUCCUCAUUGGUUUUUAGGAGCAUAUACCCACCUAAGGGUGAUUGAAAGAUGAACGAGGUCCACACCCUUGUCCAGUUGGUUGCGGUAAUGUACCUUAAAGUUGGUUGCCAGCCUUCAUAUAAAAUCCACAGAAGAAGAAGAAGAAGAAGAAGAAGAAGAAGAAGAAGACUGAAUGAGGAGAGAUUACUAGAAACUAAUUAGGAUUCCCCUUUUAUCUGUGAAUUAAUUGUUGGAGUAGAGAACACAGUUGACCCAAAUUCUACAAAGAUCCAGUACCUUUCAGGUAAAAUAACAACCCAAUGUUUAUAUCCCAGUACAAAUUAGCUAGCAACAGCAAGCUAGCUAGCUAAAUGUCCAUAAAUGUUUCAUAUGUUUUGGCCUGUCCCCAAAUUAAUGUAGUUGGUUCAGAGUGCGUUUUGAUAUUUCAACCUGCGUGUCCUGAUCUCAUCUGGUGGGGACAAACUCAAGAUGCGCACGAUGACGCAUGUGGACGCACGCGCGGAGCCGGUUUGGUCAUCAUGUAAACCAACCCCGUCUGUUUGCCACAUAGUUGCGCACGCGUUGGUUUUGUUGCUAAACAACCAACCCGUCUAUAGGGAGUACACACAGUGCCUUCAGAAAGUAUUCAUACCCCUUGACUUAUUACACAUUUUUGUUAUGUUACAGCCUAAAUAAAAAACUCUUUAAUUGAGAUGUUUGGUCACUGGCCUACACACAAUACCUCAUAAUGACAAUGUUGAAUUAUGUUUUUCUAAAAGUUUACAAAUUAAUAAAGAAUGAAAAGCUAAAAUGUCUUGAGUCAAUAAGUAUUCAACCACUUUGUUAUGGCAAGCCUAAAUAAGUUCAGGACAAAAAAUUGGCUAAACAAGUCACAUAAUAAGUUACAUGGACUCACUCUGUAUGUAAAAAUAGUGUUUAACAUGAUUUUUGAAUGACUACCUCAUCUCUGUACCCCACACAUACAAUUAUUUGUAAGGUCCCUCAGUCGAGCAGUGCAUUUCAAACACAGAUUCAACCACAAAGACCAGGGAGGUGUUCCACUGCCUAUUGGUAGGGUAAAAAAAAAAAAAAGCGAAUCAAAUAACAUUUUCUUUGUCACAUGCGCUGAAUACAACAAGUGGAGACUUUACAGUGAAAUCCUUACUUAUGAGCCCUUUCCCAACAAUGCAGUUAAAAGUAAGAAAAUGAACAAAUAGAUAAAAAAGAAUGGUAACACAAUCAAAUAACAAUAACUUGCUGGUUUUCAGAGAUAGAUGGGAGGGAUUGAGGGUAGCUGAAGGAUGGGACUUAAAACAACAACAAAAAAGAUCACUAAUGUAAAAUAUACUGUGUCCGUAAAAUGUACUGUACAUGUAGGUAGGGGGUAAAAAGCAGAAAGUCCAGGUAGCUGUUUAAUUAACUGUUCAGCAGUCUUAUGGCUUUGGGGUAGAAGCUAUUCAGGAGUUUUUCAGGAUAAAAAAGAAAUGUAAUGGAACUAACCACAGUGUCACGAUCGUCGUUACAGGAAGCGGACCAAGGCGCAGCGUGUGAUACAAACAUGACUUUAUUUUAAUUAAAGUAACGAACAAAACAAACAAAACACGACUCGUGAAGUCCAACGGUUAACAUACCGACACGGAACAAAAACCCACAACAACCAAGAGAAAACACACAGUUUAAAUAUGGCUCCCAAUCAGAGACAACCAGCCGACAGCUGACACUCGUUGCCUCUGAUUGGGAGUCACACAUGCAAACAUAGACAUAGACAACCUAGAACACCCAACAUAGAAAACGAACACAUAGAAUGCACACACCCUGGCUCAACAUAAAGAGUCCCAGAGCCAGGGUGUGACAGUACCCCCCCCUAAAGGCGCGGACAGCGACCGCGUCUAAACAAAACCCCAAACAGGGGAGGGCUGGGUGGGCAUUCCUCCUCGGAGGCGGCUCCGGCUCCGGCCUUGACCACCACCCCUCCAUAACUCCCCCGUAGCGCCCCUGAUCCGGUCUGACCCCGCUGGCUGGAUCUGGACUGGACAUUGACGGAGCGGAUUGCUUACGCUCCGUUGUGGAGCAGCUGACCGGUCUUACCAGGCUGACGACUCGCACCCCGGGCUUGGUGCGAGUAGCAGGAACGGGCUGGACCAGGCUGACGACUCGCACCCCGGGCUUGGUGCGAGUAGCAGGAACGGGCUGAACCAGGCUGACAACUCGCACCCCUGGCUUGGUGCGAGUAGCAGGAACGGGCUGGACCAGGCUGACGACUUGCACCCCUGGCUUGGUGCGAGUGGCAGGAACAGACCGGGCCGGGCUGGCGACUCGCACCCCUGGCUUGGUGCGAGUGGCAGGAACAGGCUGGACCAGGCUGGCGACUCGCACCCCUGGCUUGGUGCGAGUGGCAGGAACAGGCUGGACCAGGCUGGCGACUCGCACCCCUGGCUUGGUGCGAGUGGCAGGAACAGGCCGGGCCGGGCUGGCGACGCGCACCGUAGGUUUGGUGCGAGUGGCAGGAACAGGCCGGGCCGGGCUGGCGGCGCACACCGUAGGUUUGGUGCGUGGAGCAGGAACAGGCCGGGCUGGGCUGGCGACGCACCCCGUAGGCUUGGUGCGUGGAGCAGGGACAGGCCGGGCUGGGCUGGCGACGCACACCGUAGGCUUAGUGCGAGGAGCAGGAACAGGCCGGGCAGGGCUGGCGACGCACACCGUAGGUUUAGUGCGAGGAGCAGGAACAGGCCGGGCAGGGCUGGCGACGCACACCGUAGGCUUGAUGCGAGAGGCAGGAACAGGCCGGGCUGGCGAUGCGCACCGUACACUUAGUGCGGGAAGCAGGAACGAGCCGGGCCGGGCUGGCGACGUGCACCGUACACUUAGUGCGGGAAGCAGGAACGGGCCGGACCGGACUGGUGACGCACACCACUUGCUUGGUGUGAGGAGCGGGACUGGGUUUCAUCAUAACCCCCCGCUCCCUCAGCUGCCUACCGAGUUCCUCUCGCCGUGCCUCAUUUCUCACCCUUUCCCUAAUCGCCUCUAAUAGCUCCAUCCUCUGCAACAUUAACUCCUGCUCCCUCUUCGCCAGUAGCCCCCUUAACCUGGUGGCCUCCUCUCCAAAUCGCCCAAUACGCCCUGUGGCAGCCUCCUGCUGCCCAGUCGCCCAUGACGUGUGCCCCCCCCCUAAAAAAUUCUUGGGGGUGCCUCUCGUCCGUCCGACGAUGGCACUGCUGACGCCGCUGCUCCUCUCUUGUCCAGUCUGCCUGCUCCUGGACACGCUGCUUGGUCCUUUUACGGUGGGUUUUUCUGUCACGAUCGUCGUUACAGGAAGCGGACCAAGGCGCAGCGUGUGAUACAAACAUGACUUUAUUUUAAUUAAAGUAACGAACAAAACAAACAAAACACGACUCGUGAAGUCCAACGGUUAACAUACCGACACGGAACAAAAACCCACAACACCCAAGAGAAAACACACAGUUUAAAUAUGGCUCCCAAUCAGAGACAACCAGCCGACAGCUGACACUCGUUGCCUCUGAUUGGGAGUCACACAUGCAAACAUAGACAUAGACAACCUAGAACACCCAACAUAGAAAACGAACACAUAGAAUGCACACACCCUGGCUCAACAUAAAGAGUCCCAGAGCCAGGGUGUGACACACAGGCAAAAUCCUAGAGGAAAUCCUAGUUCAAUCUGCUUUCCACCAGACACUGGGAGAUGAAUUCACCUCUCAGCAGGACAAUAACCUAAAACACAAGACCAAAUCUAUACUGGAGUUGCUUACCAAGAAGACAGAGAAUGUUCCUGAGUGGCUGAGUUACAGUUUUGAGCUUGAAAAUCUAUACUGUAGCAAGACCUGAAAAUGGUUGUCUAGCAAUGUUCAACAACCAAUUUGACAGAGCUUGAAGCAUUUUGAAAAGAAUAACAGGCAAAUGUUGCACAAUCCAGGUGUGGAAAGCUGUAAGAGACUUACCCAGCAAGACUCACAGCUGUAAUCGCUGCACAAGGUGUUUCUACAAAGUAAUGACUCAGCGGUGUGAUUACUUAUGUAAAUGAGAUAUUUCUGUAUUUCAUUUUCAAUAAAUUUGCAAACAUUUCUAAAAACGUCAUUUUGUCAUUAUGUAGGAUUGUGUGUAGAUGAGUGAGAAAAUAAAUCAAUUUAAUUCAUUUUGAAUUCAGGUUGUAACACAACAAAAUGUGGAAUAAGUCAAUGGGUAUGAAUACUUUCUGUAGGCACUGUAUGCACUAUUUACAGGAAGGAAUAGGGUGCCAUUUGGGACGCAACUUAAGUGAAUGACAGGGGGCCAUAUCUGUAUGUCUUUAGGGGAUGAUUGAGAUAACAAUUGUUCCAGUUCACCAAUCAGAUUAUUUUUCCCAAAAGUAGUGCACUUCAUAGGGAAUAGAGUACCAUUUGAGAUGCAGCCUCAGACCUCUGCCCUGACUUCCCUCCGUUGAUUAAAUGGGUGUAGAAGUCUGGAAGUGAUUGUGUGCUUGAUUUGCCUGCUUCCCCCACAGGGAGAUUUACACAGUUAUUUGAGCAAUAUCUCCCAUUCCCUGCAUCAGCCAACACACCUGCUCGAGCGCACUGGGAUUGAUUGUGUGUGUGUGUGUGUGUGUGUGUGUGUGUGUGUGUGUGUGUGUGUGUGUGUGUGUGUGUGUGUGUGUGUGUGAGUGUGUGUGUGUGUGCGCUUGUGUGUGUGUGUGCGCUUGUGUGUGUGUGUCAGGUGUCAGGGUUAAGCCAGCAGAAAAGCUGCCUGUGUAGUUGAAGGAGAACAGAGAAAGACUGCAGAGAACACCUUAAGCCUACUGUAAUCUCUUUCUCCAUGCCCCACUCCAGCUCACUCCAGGCAUAACACACACACACACACACACACACACACACACACACACACACACACACACACACACACACACACACACACUCACUCACUCACUCACUCACACACACACACACACACACACACACACACACACACACACACACACACACACACACACACACACACACACACACACACACACACACACACACACUCACACUCACACUCUCUCACACACACACACACACACACACACACACACACACACACACACACACACACACACACACACAGACAGACAGAGAACUGGGGUAAUGUCUGGCCCCAUGUUUCUCUUGGACAUCAGAUGCUGUGUGCCCAGCGCCUUGCCUUCUCUGGUCCCAGACACAAGGCCCCUUCCCCCCAGACUCCUGCUAGCUUCAUCUGUCCUUCUAGAAACAUCCAGUGACUGGGAGGAAAUAUCUGUCUAGGAAUAUCUGUCUAGACUUAAAUUAGAGCAGCACUGUUCUUUUCAAUCCCAGUCCUGGAGAGCUGCAUGGUAUGCAGGCUUUUGUUCCAGCCCAGCACUUACACACCUGAUAAUGCUACAUUUGGAUUACUCUGUUAGACACGCUCCGGGGUGAAGUUUGCCCCUAGGUACAGAUCUAGGAUCAAUGUCACCUCCCCCAAGCCUAACCUUAACUAUUAGUGGAGAAAAUGCCAAAUUGUCCAAAGAUCUAGGGGCAACUUCACCCCACACCGUUAGACACAGUGCUGCCUAUCCUUCCUCAUGUCUGUGGACUUCAGACAUUUUUGCUCUCUGUGUGUCUGCUAGAAGACAAAUAGCCACCUCAUAGACAUUCCCAGACCCUGAAAGCAUGGUCUGCACACAGCCGUGUGUGUGUAGUGUGUGUGUGUGUGUGUGCUUGUGUGUGUGUGUGUGUGUGUGUGUGCAUAUGUCUGUAUGCAUGUGUGUGUGCCUGUCUCCAGCCUAUACGUAUAACCCAGUGUGGAUCAGUGAUUCAUCUCGAUGGGGGAAAGCCAUUAAUUGGUUCGUUAAGACAUAGACAUUCCUACUCUGUCUCGGUGCCUGCUUUUCCUUGGAGCAGGCUGAAUGGCCGUAGUGUGGUCUCCAACUCCCCAUUCACCCUAAUGGCCGAUUACACUGAAGCUUUUUAACAUCCGCUUUGCGUCCCAAAUGGCAUCCUAUUCCCUAUGUAGUGUAUAAUUUUUGACCAGGGACCAUAGGGCUCUGGUCAAAAGUAGUGCAUUAUGUAGGGAAUAGGGUGCCAUUUGGGGCAUAGCCCAGGACAAAUGAGCUGCUACCAGUUUAGACCAAUGUUAUUCUACCCCGGGGGUGAGAAUGAGAAAUGUGGCGAAGUGGAAGUUAACACACACUGGGAGAUGGGGUGCAGUUAUUGUUUCUAACAAGGUGGAACAGAUUUUGUAGCGUGUCAAUACGGUGUAGGAAGGGGGAGAGGAAUGGAGUGUUACGCUGUGGUGGAUUUCAGACCAGGCAGGAGAUGGUUUUGACAGAGUGAGGUGAACAGAUUAGUGUGUGUGUGUGUGUGGGCGGGUGUCAGAGUGUGUGUGUGUAAGAGAGGUUGAUUUGCUAGGAGGGGGUCCUGAGACGGUCGUUGGCUCGAUGAGAUCUGAUCGUUGGCAGGUGAAGCGUGGUUUGGUCUGACAGGUGUGUGUGUGUGCGUGCGUGCGUGUGUGUGAGACAGGCGGCUAUAAUUCAGGAUGAAAUGUCUGUCAGUCCUGAUUUGACUCCAGCCACGAUCCUUCAGACUCACAAAGGUGUAACUCCUGAGCCUCCCCAAUAAACUAACAAUACAACACAAUCUGUUGUUGUAGAUAUUUCUGUGUGUUUGUGCAUUUCUUUGUUGCAAAACAGAUUUCCCUGAGGGAUAUUAAGCUAUUCUAUUUUACUUGUUUGAUAUGGUGUAUGUUAUAUUGCUUUCCCGUCACAAAUACUUUUUUUUUUUGGUAGUUUUAUUAACCAUUACACUCAAGCCAAAACAAUUCCUUGUAAACCGUUGGUUUCAAUUAGUACUAACAAUGUUUGUUUGUUAUAUUGCAUUGCUUUGCAGAAACUGUGAAGGCAAGAAUAUCCGCUACAGAACAUGCAGUAACAUGGUAAGUCUAGUCUACGGUAUGUAGCCUCAACAGACUGGCAACAGAGUCAUUUCUAAAGCUUAUGUAUGUAACACUUAUAACUUGUUACAAAUAGUUAUCAUUUCUAUUCCAGCUUAUAAAUAGUAAUACAUAGUUAUACCUUUUCUAUUCCAUCUUAUAACUUUGCUGGUAACAAUGAGAAGAACCGGCACAAUAUUGUCAGUCAGCACUGUUUUUAUCAGUCAUUUCCAGCACUGUGGGUGACCUCAUGGUAAAAUCCUACGUUCCAUCAAUGAAGAGAAGAAAACAAUAUCCUUCUCAUAUCAACUCCAGACAUGCCUUGAGUCUAUUCUAAGCAGCGGGAACCACAGUCGUUCUCACACCAUUUUAAUCAAAGAUAGACUUUAUUGCUUCUAUUACUCUAUUGAAGUGGUUUGUGUCUGGAAUGUAUUGCAGACUAGCUAUGAUUUCAAUCAUGACCAGUGGGAUGAGUUCCCACCAUAAUAUUUACACCAUCGCUCCCGGUGUGAAUGAGAUGGAUCUAAACAAAGCAAGAGAGAGAGAGAAAGACUUGACUUUUAGAAGAUGAGAAAGAGACGGAGGGAGAGAGUGUGUGUGCGUCCCAGUGUGUGUGUGUGUGUGUGUGUGUGUGUGUGUGCGUGCGUGUGUAUGUGUGUGUGUGCGUGCGUGUGUGUGUGUGUGUGCGUCCCAGUGUGUGUGCGUGCGUGCGUGUGUGCAUGCGUGUGUGUGUGUGUGCGUGCGUGCGUGCGUGCGUGCGUGUGUGUGUGUGUGUGCGUGCGUGUGUGUGUGCAUGCGUGUAUGUGUGUGUGCGUGCGUGCGUGCGUGUGUGUGUGCGUGUGCGUGCGUGUGUGUGUGUGUGUGUGUGCGUGUGUGCGUGUAUGUGUGUGUGUGCGCGUGUGUGUGUAUGUGUGUGUGCGUGCGUGUGUGUGUGUGUGUGCAUAAAGCAAGGUCUAAGGAGAGACUUAGUAAAGGCUCGCUGUUGGUAAAGAGUUGGGUCUUCCACAUGUAAGCCGUUAUCUCUUCUGUUCUGUCCCUCUGCCUGACCAUCUCAUCCUUCUCUAUGUUCCUUUGCUCUCCUCCCCCCUCCCUUCUUCCCCAGGACUGUCCCGUCGAGUCGGGAGACUUCCGAGCCCAGCAGUGCUCCGCCCACAAUGACAUCAGGCACCAGGGCAUGGUCUACGAGUGGGUUCCUGUGCCCUAUGACCCCUCGGCAGCGUGCGCCCUGCGGUGCCAGGCCCGGGGGAGGAGCCUAACGGUGGAGCUGGCGCCUAAGGUUCUAGACGGAACACGUUGCCGAGCCGACGCCCUGGACAUGUGCAUCAGUGGGAUCUGUCAGGUGAGAUACUAAAUUGACUGAGUGAUUGUUUGAUUGGAUGUUAUAAAGCACUUUUCCAGAUGCUCAGUCAGGGCCGUGCACAUUCAGGGGGCACGUGCUUAAAAUGAACUAAAGCCCUAUCUGUGCCCGUGCCUGAUCAAAGUGCUUAUAUAGUAAGGGGGAAACGUAUAUUAUUACGAUAUGAUGAUAUCAUAGUAAUAUAUUGUAUAGUAAGGAUUGGAUUUAUAUAUGCUUUUCCAUGUGCUCAAAGCACUCACCUCAUCCACCACCAAUGUGUCACCCACCUGGACUAUGCCAUGGCAGCCAUUUUGGUUCCAGAAAGUUAAUCAGCCAUGCCAAUGACAGAUCAGGGGACACGAUGUACGAUAUGAUACGAUACAAUAAAAUGGCUCAAGACUGGAUCAGAGCUUGAAGUAUUUGUUUUUUCUUUGUGGGCCAUAAAGCUACAUGAAUCUUUCCAAACUAUACAGUGCAAAACAGUCUGAGAACUUCUGAUCUUCUGCAAUAUUUCUCAAUAAUCUUUGCUCUUGAACAAUCAUACAGUAUUUCCACUUUGUGAAUCCACAUGCUGUAGCAGCAGCUAAUCUAAAACCACAUGUCAGAAAUAGGAAGUUCAUAAAAAAAAGAUCUUAAACAAGGAAAAUAUUUAUCCUCUCCAUGUUGCAUGUCAGAAGUUCUGGGUUCUAGUUUUAGGCGAAACGUUGUUGUUUUAGGAACCACAGACUGAUGAUCAAUGUUGAUAUGUCCUCUUCGGUGGAUAGGUGCUUGAUUAAAACGUCUGUCUGAGGCUGUAUGACCGGAGGAAGGGGAGAGGAAGAGAGAGAGAAAUAUAGAUAGAGAACUGGAGGAGGAAGGAGGGAGAGAUAGAGAAAAAAAUAGAGAGGGAGAGUGAGAGGAGGUGUGACAGGAGGAAGGAAAGAGAGAAUAGAGAGAGAUGGAGGUACGAUGGGAGAAAGGAGAGAGAGAUGAGAGAGAGAAAUAGAGAGAGAGAGAUGCAGGAGAUUUCCGGUGUGAGGAGUGAGAGUAAAGAGAGAGACGCGAGAGAGAAGAUGCAGAUGAAGAAUAGAGAGAGAGAGUAGAAGGAGAGAGAGAGAGAGCGAGCGAGAGAAGAGUAGAGCUCGCGAUAAGAGAGAGUAGAGAUAGGAUGAGAUCGAGAGGAGUCGAUUAGAGAGAGAAGGAGAGAUAGAUAGAUAGAGAUAUUCAGUAGAUACGCAUGAAAGAGAGAGGGGAGAGGAGAGAGAGAGAGAGAGAGAAAGAGAGAUGCAGGAGGUAUGUGCUCUAGUCAAAUGCACUGCACUAUAUCAUAGGGAAUAGAGUGAUAUUUGGGACCUAUAGCAGUUCUAGUCCAGAGAGGAAUGCACACUGUUGUGUGUCUAGCCAAGAGGAAAUUCACAUAUCCACUUCAUCCAUUAAGGAAAUAGACCCUCUUUAUGCAAAUCCUUAAAAGUACACUUAUACAGUGCCAGGCCAUGAUAGCUUAACAGGGAACGAGGGACAUUAUUUAGUCCCACAAGGCAUUAUCUUGUUACUGAUACUUCUCUAAGUAUCCUGUAUGUAAGCAAGCUACAAUAAGACGCUGUCUUCAUGGAACCAUGACAAAGUACUUGUUCAACCCAAAUAGAACCUUCAUGUUAUACUAUCCAUAGACAUUCUCAAGUGAAGUGAAGUGUGUGUGUGUGUGUUCGUGCGUGUUUGUGACAAGGAGCUGCGAUAUCAAGAUCAGGCUUUCUCUGACCAUGCUCUGUGCUUGAAGUCAAAUAGCUCUGCACGGUACUUCAUGGCUUCUGCCCUAUAAGGGGUGUGCAUAUAAUGGGUAUAAGGAGUGUUUGUGUUUACUGGGACUACUGGUCAGGUAAGCCAUGUUUGGUUUGUUAUGCUGGCUGCCAUUCCCACAGCAUCUGGAGCACAAACUCUGUUCUUCACCAUUUCAAGAAAGUUAUGCAGUUUAAUACAACAUUACAUAUACAGUGUCCCCGCACAUUGACUCUGUACCGGUACCCCCCGUAUAUAGCCUCCCUACUGUUAUCUUACUUUACUGCUGCUCUUUAAUUAUUUGCUAUAAAAAAAUGUUACUUAUCUAUUUUUUUCUUAAAACUGCGUUGUUGGUUAAGGGCUUGUAAGUAAGCAUUUCACUGUAAGGUCUACACCUGUUGUAUUCGGCGCAUGUGGCAAAUACAAUUUGAUUUGAUUGGAUCAGUGUAGGAUACCAUGUAAAACAUGUGAGUUUAUUCCCCCAUACCCCACGCCUCAUCCUCUAAACCAGAGGGCAAAGAAACAUAACCCAUUUUCAAUGUGGCCCUCCGGACUUUGGUGAAGACCGAAUAUGGCCCUCGGGGCAAAAUGAGCUUGACACACCUGCUCUAAACCAAUAUAUCCCAAGCUGUUCCUCAUGGACCCCCAACAGCUGCAUGUUAUUCCACAACUUAAAGGUUUGGCAAUUAGCUGACCAGUUGAAUCAGGUGUGCUGGUGCUGGAAUAGAACCAAAUGUGCUGUGGCUGCGGUCCUUGAGGAACCGAUGGGGAAAGCCCUGUCUAAACUGAGUGUUUUCAAAGACUCUGACGUUGAGCUGUGGCAUUAUGCCUCAUAUAGAUGGUACAUUCCUGUACUGGGCUAACAACACUGACAGACAGAUCAAGACAUAAUGGACACUCCACAGCCAGAAACACUCGUGAACAUUUACUUUAUGGUGUUGUUGUAUUAUCAAAGAGUGAGAGAGCGCUUUGAGUUAGUGACCCUUAGAAAAGGCCUUUAUAAAUUAAAUGUGAUUGAUUGAUUGAGCUUAUGUAGAUGGUUCUUUACCUCUCCUUGGCUAAAAACUGACACAGAUCACUCAAUUCCCACAGCCAGUAAGCCAUGAUAGUACGCUAACACAUAUAUAUAUUCUUUAUAAAUAGACAGCGCUUUGAGUUUAUGGUUUGGCAGCAUUUCUUAUAUAGAAAUCAGAUCACUGUAUUGGGUUAACAACAAAGAUAGAUUAACACAUACAGGAUCCAGCCAGGCUGGUUACUAAGUAAGCCAGAAAAGUAAUAGUUAACUAACACAUUCACUUUAUUUGAUUAUUUUAGCACUUGUUGAGACUUGGGAGCGUUUCUUAUGUAGAUGAUACAUUCUUUAUUAAUUUAUUUAUUGAUUGAGUUUAUUUGACAGUUGAAAAUUAAUAUAAAGCCGCUCCAGUAGGAAACAACGUUUAAUGCAUUCAAAAAAACGAUGAAGCAUAAACACAAUGAAGCCUCCUGUGUUAACAACACUGACAGAUGGAUACACACACCGCCAGCAGACAGCGCUGGGGUCGCUGCCUUGGCAUCAUAGCUUACACAUAAUAUGAUUAUAUUAUGAUUCAUUUAUACUAGUGAUUGCCAUUUCAGAUAAAAAGGGAUUAUUAUUAUUUUUGCUUUGCAUAUCACUUAUUUCAAACAGAUGUAUGGCAUGGCCACAUGGUGCUUGUUUUGGAAAGUUUGAGGAUCUUUGAAGAACGGCCUAAACAGACUAUUUGUUCCUCCAAAAAUAUGAAUAGAUUGUUCAUAACAAAAAAAUUAAAUAACAAAAAAUACAGGACAGGACACCACAACAAAAAAAACAACAACAACCCGGACCUUUUCUUUCCUCAAGGGAAAUAAUGUUCAUUCUGCACAAAAACCCCAAUCUUAGGUUUCUGGACCCAGGUCAUUGAACAAUGUUUAUGCAAUGAUGUUCAGAGAGCAAGCUCUGCAUUUAAACACUCUCUCAGCAAAUGUCUACCACUUUGGCUGUAGCAACGUUACAGAAAGGUUUAAAUGCAAUAGAAAGAGACAGGUUGAUAUUCAGCUCUCGCAGACCUAAUGGGAUAGACACACAGACUGUAUAAUAAUGAAGAUGAUGGAUUGAGUUUAUGUAGCGUUUUCCUUCAUGCUGAGAAAUGUUUAACUUGAUAUUCGAGAGGUGGGUAAUGCAAUAUAUCAAUAUAAUGAUGGAACAAUUUUAUAUGUACUUUUAAAAUAGUCAAAUAAAAAGAAUAAAUGAAUUUAUAGAUGUCAAUAUGGCCUACAGUGGUGACUGAUCUCUCUUUUGAACUCAAAUUCAAAUUGCUUUAUUGACAUACAUUACUCUCUCUCUCUCUCUCUCUCUCUCUCUCUCUCUCUCUCUCUCUCUCUCUCUCUCUCUCUCUCUCUCUCUCUCUCUUUCUCUCUCUCUGUCAUGCAAGGAAAACAUACAGGGGUUUCAUAUGAGCUGGUCCUUCCAUAGACCGUCCACACAGCUGGUAGACACUUCACUGCUAUCUGAAAUCCAUCACACAACCUUCAAACAUAGGCACUGUACAGUAGUCUACCUAGUUCUGAGUCACAACCAAUUCUAACUGGGUGUCUAAUUCUGGGCUGUGGCUACAACUACUGUUUUGUCCAUCUAGAGGGGUCAAAAUACAAUUCAAAAGACUUGGUCACACGCUGAGGUGAAUCUGAAAGGCAAGUCAAGGGUCCAGUAGCAAUGAGAAGAUGGCAUAGCAGGCUGUAAGGGAUAGAACAGACAGUAGGCAGACUGGGUUUAACACGUGACAGAAUGGGACCAGUCCUCUACCUUCCAAUGUAUAUGUAUUAAUGAUCACGAGAGCAUGGAUGGAGCGUUGAGCUGGGAAAAUAAACUGAAUUCCUGAAAGGAGAAGCACAUGUGUGUGUGUGUGGGCGGCAGGGAGGGGGGUUCCCUCUACCUCUCUUCUAACCACCCUCCACCCUCUGUCCCUCCACCUCCGUCCCUUACCUCCCUCAACCCCUCACUCUAUCCCUCUUUCUUUCUCACCUCUCUCUCUCCAUAUUUGUGUUGGCAGGAGGUGGGAUGUGACAGACAGCUGGGCAGCGGUGCCAGGGAAGACAACUGCGGUGUGUGUGCCGGCGACGGUUCUACGUGUCGGCUGGUCCGGGGCCAGGCGCUGCCUCACGUCUCACCGGAAGAACGUAGGUACACAACAAGUUCGGCAACGCCUGAAAAAAUACACUCUUCCCUCUCUAAGAUGACCAUACUUCUGCGCUAUAUCAAUAUCUUUACACACAGAGGUUGUGAACACACUCUCUGUUGAAAAUACAUUAUCGUCUCGCUCCCUUGUGGCCAUAGGUAAAUAUAAUCUCUCUUCAUCGCUCUCCCCCAACGAGGUUUACAACUGCUGUGAAAAUACACUCUGGUCUCCUUAACUCUCAUCUUCUCCCAAGCCCAUGUAAAUAUCCCUCACCAACAAGGUUCACAAUGCUCCCUUUUUUCUCUGGCCCUAAAUAUAGUAUCGCCCCCCAACAAGGUUUGCAAACCCUUGUGGAAAUACACCAGUCCAUCCCAUGUCCCUUACGGUCCUCUCAAAAUAUCUCUCCCCACUUGUCAGGUGUUGGUACUGUACCUCAAUCCUUCAAGUCCUGAGCCCUGUCCCAGGUCUGGUCUGGGUUAGUGUUCUGUCUCAGGUCUGGUCUGGGUUAGUGUUCUGUCCCAGGUCUGGUCUGGGUUAGUGUUCUGUCCCAGGUCUGGUCUGGGUUAGUGUUCUGUCCCAGGUCUGGUCUGGGUUAGUGUUCUGUCCCAGGUCUGGCCUGGGUUAGUGUUCUGUCUCAGGUCUGGCCUGGGUUAGUGUUCUGUCUCAGGUCUGGUCUGGGUUAGUGUUCUGUCCCAGGUCUGGUUUGGGUUAGUGUUCUGUCUCAGGUCUGGUCUGGGUUAGUGUUCUGUCUCAGGUCUGGCCUGGGUUAGUGUUCUGUCUCAGGUCUGGUCUGGGUUAGUGUUCUGUCCCAGGUCUGGUUUGGGUUAGUGUUCUGUCUCAGGUCUGGUCUGGGUUAGUGUUCUGUCUCAGGUCUGGUCUGGGUUAGUGUUCUGUCCCAGAUCUGGUCUGGGUUAGUGUUCUGUCCCAGGUCUGGUCUGGGAUAGUGUUCUGUCCCAGGUCUGGUCUGGGUUAGUGUUCUGUCCCAGGUCUGGUCUGGGUUAGUGUUCUGUCCUAGGUCUGGUCUGGGUUAGUGUUCUGUCCCAGGUCUGGUUUGGGUUAGUGUUCUGUCCCAGAUCUGGUCUGGGUUAGUGUUCUGUCCCAGGUCUGGUCUGGGUUAGUGUUCUGUCCCAGGUCUGGUCUGGGUUAGUGUUCUGUCCCAGGUCUGGUCUGGGUUAGUGUUCUGUCCCAGGUCUGGUCUGGAUAAGUGUUAUGGCCCACAGAGUUUAUUUAUCAAAGCUGGUAUACUACUAUGCCAUCUGGCUUAGGCUGUCCACAGAUGGAGCUUUCCAAUGUAAGCUUCAAAAUAGAGGCUGAUUUUUUAGUGUGGGCUUUUCGUAAAACUUUGUGUGGAGAUUAAAAUCAUGACUGCAUUUUGGCUGUCACUAUUAUGUUUUUUCUGACGUGAUAACUGCAUUCUUGUUUGCUUGGAGGUGGUUAGGGACAUUAAAUACCAUGCAAAAUGGCAAUGUUUUUACUAGAAAAAUGUGUGGUUUGUGAAUUCAAUUAAAUGUAGUUAUUACGUUCCAGUCUGCCAAGCACUGGUUUACUGUACAGGACUGCGAUCCAUGUUUGAAAGAGUUGAGAAAUGUUGACUUGAAGGUCGGCCUUUUCCUGGUAAAUUGUUGGCUAUUGUUGUCAGCUUCAUGGAAUACACUACAGGAGUAUUUUAGGUCUUGGAGAAAUCAAACUUUGAAAAGGUUUCCAUUCAUUUUGGAAUUAGGCAUAUAGCUGGAUCUACACAAUAGAUGGCAUGGAACAUCUCAACAUUAGACUACUUUUGAGGUGUAAAAAACAUCUGACAAACUAGAAUUUUGUUAAGAUGCUCUUGGCUAUUUCCAGUACAUUUUAGCAUUUCCACACGUCUUUAAAGGUUAAUUGAGUAGACAUUGGCACCAAACGUAUUUGCAUACUGAAUUUAUUGGCCUUCAAGCUGAGGUAUUGUAUAAAAUUCCUCAAAUUAACUUGUUUUGACAUGCGCUGGAGAGUGGAAAUGAACAUGGCUCGCUCCCUCAAAAAACAUUCAUAUUAGAAAUAACAUCAAGUAACCAUGUAAAUAUUUAGAUCUGUCUUUUAAUUGUUGGUGGGUGUUUACAGUAUCUGUCACAUACCUAUAGUACUGGCCAACGGGCGUUUGGUCAAGCAGUAGUGUAGUGUCUGACUCAACUAUAAUCCAAGGUUAACUCACUUUGCCAGCUAAUUGGAAAACCCCAGAACCUACUGUAGUAUUGGGAUGUGGCUGUAUGAGCUCAAAGUAGUUGAACUAAUGGUGACAUUGGGUUUGUGCUGUACAUUUAGUUGAACUAACGGUGACAUUGGGUUUGUACUGUACAUUUAGUUGAACUAACAGUGACAUUGGGUUUGUACUGUACAUUUAGUUGAACUAACAGUGACAUUGGGUUUGUACUGUACAUUUAGUUGAACUAACAGUGACAUUGGGUUUGUACUGUACAUUUAGUUGAACUAACAGUGACAUUGGGUUUGUGCUGUACAUUUAGUUGAACUAACAGUGACAUUGGGUUUGUACUGUACAUUUAGUUGAACUAACAGUAACAUUGGGUAUGUACUGUACAGUACAGCUGUAGAUGCCUAGGAUUAUUCAGCACAUUUAGGAGGGAAAACACUGCAUUCUAUGAAUCCUCAGCAUAGUAUUUCCAGUUGACCUCAAAAUAACAUUUCUAUCUAUUUUAGAUACCCAUAUUAGGGUUAGUAGUUUUCUAGCUAUUUUAAGAUUGGUACCCAAUACAUUAUUAGGGCUAGUAGUUUUCCUGACCAUGUGACCUGACCAAAAAUAAUUAGACCAUUACUAGGUCCUGGCUGACCCCAUUAGACCAUUACUAGGUCCUGGCUGACCCCAUUAGACCAUUACUAGGCCCUGGCUGACCCCAUUAGAUCAUUACUAGGCCCUGGCUGACCCCAUUAGACCAUUACUAGGCCCUGGCUGACCCCAUUAGACCAUUACUAGGCCCUGGCUGACCCCAUUAGAUCAUUACUAGGCCCUGGCUGACCCCAUUAGACCAUUACCCCAUUAGAUCAUUACUAGGUCCUGGCUGACCCCAUUAGACCAUUACUAGGUCCUGGCUGACCCCAUUAGACCAUUACUAGGUCCUGGCUGACCCCAUUAGACCAUUACUAGGUCCUGGCUGACCCCAUUAGACCAUUAACCCAUUAGAUCAUUACUAGGUCCUGGUUGACCCCAUUAGACCAUUACUAGACCCUAACCCUAGUUUUGUUUCAUCAUGUCAAACCCCAGCCAUAACUGUCCAUAUAUCAUAUUAUUAUUAUUACCAUGAGCCACAGUAAAUACAUAUGUCUAUAUUGUCUAGAAGCCUUCUGUUCUCCUAAUACCAGCACAAGGCUGUCUUUGUAGCUGCCCACUAAUAGGGACGAAGCUGAGCCUUAUACAGUGGAAAGAGACAUUUAUAUUGUUGUUGGACAGCGUCAGUCGUCAGCAUUCGCUCUGCCCGGGUCUGCCAGUCGCACUUAAGUCACUUCUCCUCUUCCAAGAAUUCCCCCUCGCUCGGAACAAAGCGCUCAAACAGUUGGAGUCCGAGUUCCCGACAAAGAAGUACUGGGACUUUUGUUUCGACGGGCAGAGUUAGACGUUUUCACAGCAUCAUGCUUGUUCCUUUUAAGAGGUUGUUUGACCGAAUCUCAGGGUAACUCAAUCCAAGCGCGUUAUGUUCUCUCUAAUAAAGAGCGUCUCGCCAAUAAUUCACAGUGGGUCGCAAUGAUAUGUAGGCUACCUCCAGGUCCCAUUGAGAAGCUGGCAGAGGAGAGCAGAGCACUCUGACGGUAAUCAGAUUGUUGAGGAGCCUCUCCUGCUUCUCCAUUUAUUUCUCUACUCACUCUUUUUAUACUCCAUCUCUCUCUCUCUCUCUCUCUCUCUCUCCCUCUCUCUCUCUCUCUCUCUCUCUCUCUCUCUCUCUCUCUCUCUCUCUCUCUCUCUCUCUCUCUCUCUCUCUCUCGUCUCCCUCUUUUUCUUUGUCUUGCUUUGUCUCUCUCUCUCCAUCUAUCUCUCCUUCUCCACCUUUCCUUUUUCCUUAUAUUUUCUCUUCUCUCUCUACCCCCUCCAUCUCUCUCCCCAUUAGCUUCCUCUACCUCUGUAGUAGUUUGGGCGCUACAGGCCCUUAUUUUUCUGGAUGAUGGUCCAGGGCACCCGGGGCUAAGCACUCUUGGCCUGUGUGUGUGUGUGUAGGUGUGUGUAGGUGUGUGUGUGUGUAGGUGUGUGUGUGUGUGUAGGUGUGUGUGUGGGCUCGCGUGCGCACGUGCUUGUGAACUUGCGUGCAAGAGUGUAUGCAUGUAUGCAUGCAUACGUGUGAGUGUAUUUGCGAGCAUGCGUGUGUGUGUCUGGGCCCUGGGCUCGGGAUAGUCAUUCUCUCUCCUCUUUAUUAAUCUACUGUAAAAGCUGCUAAUGAGAAGCUGGCAGUUCUGCUUCAUUCCUCACAGCUCACUCUGCACACUCACUGCAUCAGCAUUCCCAACCAAAGGAAAAUAUAGAAAUAUGCAGAGAGCGUUUCCAGUCUGAUUCGGCCAUUGAUUUCAUUUUCCUUUCAGAUUUUGGUUUAUCUCUACUCAGCACUGGAAAACAAAACUUCAGAGCAACGUUAUGA